AUGAUUGCAGCAGUGGAAUCAAUCCUUUGUCAGUCGGAGACAACGGGGGAGUCUAGGAGCCUCAUCCGACACCAAGUGUCGUUUCUCCUGAUGGCCCACAGGCCGCCGGAAGUGCUUUCUAAGGUCGAACGUGAUGCGCUUAGAGAACUCAAGGCCGACAAAGACCUGGUCAUCGUGCCUGCGGAUAAGGGGCGCUCCACAGUUGUACUGGACAGGAAAGACUACCUUCAAAAAGCCAAAGGUUUACUGGUGGACCGACAGUUCUAUGUCUCAUGUGCAACUAAUCCUUUAAAAACGCUGACACGCGAAAUUAACGCUACGUUGUUGGCCUUGGAGAAGUCAGGUGCAAUAACACCGACCGACAGCCGCAUGGCGAGACUCCAAGAUACGGCUUCGGCCCGAUUCUAUGGUCUCUCUAAGGUGCCAAGGCCGGCGCUCCUCUCCGACCCAUCGUUUCGCUCAAAGGUACUCCAACGUACGGACUGACAAAAUGAAUUUUCCGGCGUCUCAAGGUCCUGACCGCUGAGGCAGACACCACGGUCUCUUCGUCAGCACAAUUCCUGGAGAAACUCAAAGGGGUAAGCCUCCAUCCAAAUGAGGUCAUGGUAUCUUUUGAUGUUACAUCCCUUUUUAAUUCUAUUCCCGAGGACCUGACGAUUGAAACAAUCGAGCUGCUUCUACAAAGCAAAUACGAUGAAACGGAGAAUCGUCUUGGACACGCCCAAAUCCUUCAGCUCCUGAAGCUCUGUCUCAGGACGUACUUCAAGUUCGACGGGACAAUCUACGAGCAGGUGAAGGGCACAUCAAUAGGUUUCCAGAUUUCGGGAUUCAUCGCCGAGGCGGUCCUGCAACGGUUAGAGUCGCUGGUCUUCCAAGGCCACAAACCGAAGUACUGGGCCCGGUAUGUGGAGGAUACCUUCGUCUUGAUCGAAAGGGAUCAGUCGCUGACAUUCCAAGAACAUCUCCACGCUGUCCUCCCGGACAUUCAAUUCACGAUGGAGGAGGAAGACCACCCAAUCAGCCACAAACGCAGUUGUGUAAGGACGCUCUAUCGGCGUGUCGAAACGCACAGCAGUGAGCCGGAAGACAAGAUUGCUGAACUACAAUACCUCCGACGGGUAUUUAAAGCCAAUGGCUACCAGCGCAACUUCGUCAACAGGUGAGUACGCAAAAGGAACAAAAGGCCUAACUGCACGGACACCAAAUCUUGGCGGGCGCUUCCGUAUGUCAAGAACGUUUUGGAAGCUGUCAGCCGCCUUCUCGCACCACUUGGGGUUGGAGUGGCACACAGACCAGUGGCAACUAUCAGGAGUUAGGUAACGAAGCCGAAACAUCUAGCGCCACGGCAAGAAACGACGGGAGUCCUUUAUCGGAUCUGGUGCAGUUGCAGACAAAGCAACUACGUCGGAGAAACCGGAAGACAGCUGCGAACGCGAAUGGCCGAACACGCUGCAGCGGUACGGAGAAAUGACGCCAGCUCUCAAGUUGCGGCUCAUUCGACGAGACCCGCCCACACAUUCAAAUUCGACGAGGCCGAAAUUCUCGCAAGUCGUGACAGCUGCGUGAGCCGGGGGCUACUUGAAUCAUGGUUCACUGGCCUCCAGUCCAUUAACAAGUGCAAUGGACUUCCCCUUCCAUAUUGGGUGCUGAGACUUCGCCUGGACGGAGUAAUUAGCCACGCUGGGAGCGCACAAGUGAGCACUUUUCCCAACGCCAGGGUCGGUGGAUCAGAUGGUCGAGCAAUCAUCACACCAGCAUCCAACGCACGUGAGGAAAUUGCAGCAACUAACGACGCGAAAGUCGGCCAUCAAGCAAUUAACACACCACGUGCAACGAUCCCGGAUGAAGUGGGAGCAGUGAAUGUUCACAGGAAUGUGGUAGCAUGGUGACUGCAUCCUAUAAAUACUGCAUCCUCUGGUGCAUGAAUCACCCGUAUCUGCUGUCAUCUCUGAUGAUGGGUUCGAGCAGGAACCCAAAACGUCAGGCUCAUAAAGCUCUUAUCCCAGCGAUCGUGUCUCCUUCUUCAACUUUAGGUUAUUCUGUUGAUCACCCAACAUUCUGAUGUUUUUCGUUGUACGAAUUACAGUAUGAAGUUUUUGCCAGAAAUUAAAACCCUACCUUAGGUUAAUGUGCGCGAAGAAGUCUUUUCUCGAUUCACACGACCGAGCGCCUGUCGAAAUUACUAAUGGUCGUAACCUCGAGAAGACAGAGCUUAUUUACGAUGCAAAUGGAUUUUACUGAGCUGGGUUUACGCAGCACUGACCCAGAUAUUUUUCUGCAGAACCAGCUCGUAUUACUGACAGGAUGGGAGAGUCUUGUCCUGGCAUUCACACGGAAGGUUCAUCAAGUAGUCGUCGAAAAUAGUUUCAAAUGAUAACCUGACAGGUGUAUCUCUGAUGAUGGGUUCGAGCAGCAACCGGAAACGUCAGGCUCAUAAAGCUCUUAUCCCAGCGAUCGUGUCUCCUUCUUCUUCACGUCUCUCGUAUGUCAUAAACAGGCAGAUGGGUUUGCAGACCAUGAACGGGCUUCGUGAAUUAGGCUUGCUGAAACCUGAUUUCUAAUCUCGAAGUUGGCAAGAUUUACAUUACGGUUUUAUGACGGCGCGACAGAUAAAAGUGCGUUAGUGAAGACAGCUGAUGAAAAAUUCACUGAAUUUUCCUGUUUAGUAUACUAUACUAGUAUAAUGCUGAGAUAGGUCUAAGGGAUGCAAAAUCGGACGAAGUUGAACAAACAUCCUCUGUCUCGUCUCACCUUUGUAACCUUCGUUUUCUCCUGACAUGUCUUUUAAAACAUUCUGCUUCCUAUACGAAGAACUCACAGAGCUCUGCUAUAAAGACUAGGUUGCAAAUGACCUAGAUUCUUCAGUAAGUGUGUUAACAUUACCUUGAUAAGCCUCUCUGAAUCAGAAUACAACAAUAACAAGAAUAAUCAUGGAGCCCUCGGUUAGAUCGGCAUUGCCAUAAAAAUGUUUGCUUAAGUCUGCUACUAAAACUCCGAAAGACAGAAUAGACCAUGAUAUAAAACCAUUCCAGCGAUAUCUCAAAUCACUCUUAAAAUGAAAUGAGAACAUCGCCGUCCUAAAGAACUUCAGGAUCUGCCAAAUAAAAGAACUCGGAGGAAGCGUCGAUUUAACCGUGACCGCAAUGCGGAGUGAGGAUAAAGCGCAGCUUCUGCCAAGCGCGAAACCAGCAUUCCAAAACCUCUCCCAAACAGUUUUUCAGCAAGAUGUAUCGCCCCUAGAACGGAGAAUUGGAAAGAACUCAAGGCAGAACCCCUCUGGACAUCCGGCCUGGACGAUGUCAAUCCCAAACUACUUACGAAGAAGUUAUUCAUGUACAAAGGUUAUUUCUCUGGAGAAAGCCCACAAUUCUCACAACUUAGGCGCGAUGAACAUCAUUUCGCCUCAUUCUGCACCAGCAGGGUUUUGCAUCAAAUCCGACGGAAUUGGUAGACGCUUAUGUCGCAGAGUUACUCAGGUCAAGGAGACUUCUGUUCAGAAUACCAUCAUCAUUUCGGACACGGACCAGCUCAUGCAGUCGGUUUUAGAAAGACGUCCGGGUGUCGUUGCCAUAACAGAAACAUUUUUCCAAGCCGAAAUCAUGGAUGCCAAGAUUUCGAUGGAAGAAUGUCAAUCCUCUGGCCGAGACUGUCGGAAUAGACUGGGUGGUUGGAAAGUCGUAAACGUGAUGUCAGAACUUUUGACAGAUGAACGCACACACCCUCUUCACCUUGUAUAUGAAUCCAUUCGCAUAAACAUAAAUAGGAGUAAGUCACAAAACCCGGGAUUCUUGACGGUUUACAGAUAACCAAACCAGCCGAAUGCCGCAGACGAGUUAGUCCUGGAAGUGACUGGACAGUAAGAGGUUCUUAUUGCUGGGGGUUUUAACGUAGCCGCAAUAGGUUGGGAAAAGUUGGUCAAUGACAGCGCGUUUAGCUGAAAGCUGAUGGACCUCACAUUCGACCGUCCCCUUGCACAGAAUGUAAAGUUCUCACGAGGUUUGAAUAGAUCCAAAGGCCAGUUGUCUGGGUCUGGUGCUCACGAAAAUUUUCUCUAGCAUUGAUGAAGCGUAUUUCAAUGCACCUCUCGAGAAGAGUGGCCACACCACUCUCUUGUGGGAUCAACCAUUCAAUUGUCAUAACCAACAGAUGGUGAAAGGCCACCGAAGUGUAAGGAAAACAGAGUUCAGAAUUAUGGGGAAUAGGUUUGCGUCCGUGAACUGGAACUGUGUGCUCAAGAGUGAUCCAGAGGAAAACUGCAGAUUAUUUAAAAAGACCCCAGUGGAUCUGAUUCAGGGUCUUUGUCCGGUUAAGUUAUCAAAACGACCAAUAUUUCUGCCUGGUUAACUCCAUUCUAGCAUAGAGUUAAGGAAUAAAAGUAGAAAAUGGAAGAAAUUCAGGAAAACUGGCUCACAAUGACAUUUCAAAAAAUUUGGUCGUCAGCGAAUUGCUGUCAAAACUCUGGUUUGCCUGCCACGAGAGGAAUAUGGAUAUUUUAUCAUUCAAAGGAAGAAGACUUUCGGCGAUGGUCCACACAGAGGUCUAGUUCACUAACAUUCUGAAACCGGGAUGAGAGGUGAAUUGCUGACGUGGGUCAAACAGUUUUUUACGGGCAGAUCACAAACUGCAUGCACUGGUACUCCGAAGUCAACCCCAACUUCCGUUUUAAGUGGUGUCCACCCAGGGCUCAGUUAUUGGGUUCCUACUCUUCUUAGUAUGUAUCAGUGACUGUGCCGACAAUCUAUGCUGCGUUGCUCGUGUUUCCUUACGUUGUCAGACUCUGGAGAGCCAUCAGGUCUGACGCAUUUAGUAACGCACCUAAAGAUUUUCUUAACCGAUUUAGCGGCUGGUCUGUUUGAUGACUCCGAAAUUUUAGAGUUGGUAUGUGUGUGACCCUAAGACUCCGUACCAGUGGGGUCCAUAAUGAAGAUCAUUCUUUUUGAUACCUUCUUCACGGGCGAGCCCCUUCAUAUGUUUGCAAACAGAAGAACCAUGGCGUUCUGAUGAUCUUCUCACUUAACCCAUCGGUGCAAUGUUUGAAUGCAGUUAAACGAGCGAUAUAGGCUUUGUUCGCGCCAAAGCGAGCGUUUGUCAAAAUUGAUCGGAAACAUAUCGGCAAGACCAACAAGGCUGUCGUUCGGUCUUACUUAAAGUAUGUUACGUGUGUCUGGCAUCCGUAGCUCAAGAGGUAGUAUCAACUGCUGAAACGAGUACAGGUGAGGGCCAUGAAGAUGCUAAAGAAUCAUGGCAAUCAGUUAUUCAACAUUAAACUGACUGAACUUCAUUUUUUCCGCUCAAUUACAGGCAGCUAUGGGAUGACCUCAUUCAAACCUUGCAGCUUGUUGGGGGCCGCGAGUAUGUUCUAUAACUUCUUUGAAUUUGCUGGCACGUACCAUCUGCGUGAUAACACCUUUUAACUGUAGACGAAAUGGGUCUCUUACGACUGCCCAAUGAACUUGUUGGAAACUGGAACUGACUACUUGCUGCGAUGGUACUUUCAGACACUGUUGAGACGUUUAAAUGCGGACUUGACACUCCUGUCCUGAGAACCUACUUUAGAUGAUUUAAUAGACGGGCUAAUUCACGAGCUGCUAACCGAAAGUCUGAUGCACGUUUUCGACUCUAAAAAAUUACAUAAGUAGAACUGCGAUAUUAGCCAUCAUGUAGCAUAAGCCCACAAUAACUCAGCCACUUCAGGAUGUCAGCUUUCGAACUGCUUCUAUUUAUAAGGUUUUUUCAAACCGUGAAAUGCUCGUGCAUAAAGCAUCAUGCUUCCGCAAUUAUUAAUGCUUGCGAAGUUUGCAAUAUGCUUGAAACCCACUGCUGAAUUUUAUAAACCCCACAUGGUUUCCCCCCUAGAUAGUGCGGAAAUAUAUAAUUUUCCCUCCACGCAAAAAUGUAAGUAGGGUUGCGAGAUUAACCAUCAUGUAGCAUAAUCCCAUAAUAACUCAGCUAUUUCAGGAUGUCGGCUUAUGAACGAACUUCUUUGCGGCCGCCAUUAAGAACUAAAUUCCGUACAAAUUACUGUUUAAGUAGUAUGGAUUUUUCUCAUUGAUUUUCGAUAAUCUUACGGAUUCUGAUAUAUUUCAUAAAAAAUAUGCAUAAAACAUAUUUGCUCUUUGACUCAUUUGGUAGAAAAUUACGUCUUCUUCAAUUUUUUAUUGUAAAGAAUCGUAUAAUUCAGUUUUUAAAAAGUUUCUAACUAUAAGGUUUUUUAAACCGUGAAAUUCUCGUCUAUAAAUCAUCAUGCUUCUGCAAUUACCAAUGUUAAUUGUAAAGUUUACAAUAUGGCUCAAACCCACUGCUGAAUUUUAUAAACCCCAUAUAAUUUCCCCCUAGACCGUUUAGAAAUAUAUAAUUUUUCCUAUACGGAAAACAUGCACUUUGAAGUAAGUACGCCCCAAAUGCGAGUGUAACGGCAGGUCGGGCUCAAAAUCAUUUGGGAAUCGGAAAAGCUUUUAAAAACGGAAUUAUACGCUUACUUAAAAUUUACAGUUGGAAGACGAAGGAAGUUCAUUUAAAUACCGGAAUCCAUUAGUAGCUGAAUUAUUAUGGGAUUACGCUGUGAGUGAUUAGUAUAAUAACACUACUAAGCAGUCUUUACGAGUCGAAAACGCAUUUCAGAAUUUCGAUUAACAUUUUAUGAAUUAACAUACCCACUGUAUACUUGUGUCAGUAAUAGCACUAUGCGCCCGGCUCACAGGUGUUGGGGAGUUCGCACAAUCUAGAAUUACUGCUUUAAAAAUUAACGUUAUUGCCCCUUGAGAAAGCUCAAAAGCCAGUGACCUAUUCACAAAACGAAGUAGCUUAAAGUGACUGACUUUUCGCAGUCUACUCCCUUCUCUCCGUAUUGAUAAUCUAUCUGUGGUCGUUACAUAUACUGAUCCUACUAAAGCCUCUGGUAAAGUGCGACGCAGACGACUCUCACUAAAACUCGAGGUUUUAUGAAUUCCAAUCUCCCUUAUUGAAUUACAGUGAGCGACCGAUCUCAUGAAAUAUUGGCUGAAAAUUUCGUAAUGCGUUUCCGAUAAGGAAGGAUUACUUAGGUACGGCUGUACUACUAAUUACCUUGCGGCAUACUCCUAUAUUAUUUAUCAUUCGGCAGGAUGACAGCUUUGGAAUACACUGCUUUUUAAACGACAGUGGAAACCGUGCUUGGUGAAAAAGACUACUUAGGUACCAUGCAUUUUACCCAUUGAUUUUGGAUGGUCUUGAAAAUGCAAAUAUAUUUUUUAGAAAGCAAAAAAUUAUGCCUUCUUUCAUUCGUGUGAUAGAGAAUCACGUCAUCUUUAUAUUUUAUACGCGAAAAAGGAGUAGAAUUUGGUUUUAAAGAAGUUUUUGAUUAUGCGAUUUUUUAAGACGGCUCACUGUCCGCUCAUAUAUCAUCGCACUUGUCCGUUUACCACGUCUUCUAAUGAAAUAAAUUAAUUAACUUCAUAUGCAUCUUUUAGACCAAAAUCAAUUAGCGAUAAUGCAAGGACUGAUCAGGUUCCACAUUAUUCGGCAAUCAGAAAACUUUCUCAAAACCGAAUUAUACUCCUUCUUCGAGUAUAAAAUAUAAAGAUGACGCGGUUCUCUUUCACACGAAUAAAAGAAGGCAUAUUUUUGUGGUUUCUAAAAAAAUAUAUUUGAAUUUGCAAGACUAUCUAAAAUCAAUGCGUAAAAUGCAUGCUACUCAAGUAGUCUUCUUCAACAAUUACGGUUUCCACUGUCGUUUGAAAAGCAGUGUAUUCCAAAGCUUUCAUCCUGCCGAAUCAUAAAUAUUAUAGGAGUAUGCCGCAAGGUAAUCAGUAGUACAGCCUUACCUAAGUAAUCCUUCCUUAUCGAUAACGCAUUACGAAAUUUUCAGCCAAUAUUUCAUGAGAUCGGUCACACACUGUAACUGGGUCAUACCUAUCGGAAUGGAAAUAGCAAUUCACCAAAGUAUUAAUAAGAACGAAUGACGGAUUCCUCUAAGAUGCCGUGUUAGGUCCACUUAUGUUUUGUUUUGCAUUAAUUAUAUUCCAUCCGCAGACAAACACGCUCAGUUUUUUACAUAUUCUGAUGAUUUCAAAAGCCGCCCGUCCCUUCAGCCUGGAGUUCAACGUAGUUAGAGGAAUCGGCUCACCCAAAAUGCCUCCAUACGUGUAUCGGACCUUAAAGGCUGCCUUAGUUAGGGAUUUUUUACGUGACUCCCGUAACUGAAUGUCCCAACAUUAAGCACUUUGGUUUAAACUACGAUAACAAAACGGCCUAAAAGGCCGAAAUUUGCGGCUUUAUUUCUUACAACUUCUUAGUCUUUAAAUUAACCUCAAACUUCGUUGUAUCCUUAUCCUUCCAUUCUCAAAUAUUGCCGUCCAUAGUGUGGUUUUACGAGCGAAUUUUGUCCCUCAAAAAUAAAAAGUGUCUAAAGAUAUUUACCAAAAAACUUACAGUACACACAUCAAAAUGUUCCUCACGUAAACAAAUUCUGAUUGUCUAACCUACAUUUUUGUAUGAGAUCGGAGAUUAGAUGUUGGCUUCUGCACCUUUUUACGUUAAUAUUAAUCCAAAUCUUCCUCUGAUUUCGGCUGUCACACAUAUUAACCGUCUAUAUGACUUUCGUAAUUCCUUCUCGAUUCUAUCCCCCCGCAUUCUCUAUUCUUCGCUCACAGUCCUACCUCCACUUGACAUAACCUUCCAAGUUUCAUUGGACUAUAAAAUAAUUUUUCUGCUUUUAAGGGACCACUGCGCCAUUAUAUAAAUACUGACUCGGCCAACUUUUCAUAUCUUUCGGCCUUCCUUAGCAAUCAUCCCCAUGGUUAAGAUAAAGGGUCAUCGGAACCUCAGGUAAUCGUCUCCAUUCUUAUUUGUCCGCCUACAUUUUCGCCUCUGUGAGUGGCUUUGUCCCUUGUGAUUUGUUAUCGUAAGUUUUGAUUUUCUCACACUAGGUGUCAAGGCCUUUACCGGGCUCGAUGUUUUCCCCAAUCCAUCUCUAGGGUACGCAGUCAGGGUUCUUGUGGCGCACACGUUCUAAAUCCCCUUAGUUUCAGCCGCCGUUCACCCUGAUCAGUAUCUCGUUCCGGACACUGUGAUGCCGUCCUCCCACCCCACAGUCGGUCCCCUCUUAGGUCUGCCACAACCUACCAUCCCUGCACACUGUAAUGACGCUUCGCAAUUUCUUGCUCACCUGUCUGUAGCAUAGCACCCCAUCCCCCAGAUAAACCUCCAUUACGCCUCCAUUUCCAUUAGCGAAACAGUUUUUCUUCUGAAAUUAUGGGUUAUAUGAACUCCGCUCGCGCUUUGAAUUCAAUAGUAAUUUUCACCCUUUUACCUAAAACAUCCAAAUGAGAUGUUGUGGAUAUUUCUGCCAUAAGUAUCGUGUGCGAAAAGUCAAUCGCCAACGGCCGCCAGAACACUUUCAAUUGUACAAUUUGCUUCUCAUGCAAAACUUAGAUUCGACAUUAUUCUUCAUAUUUGGUCGCUUAAAUCGGUGUUAAUUGCACCUUGAUAUUGCAUUAUUAUUUUCAAUUACAAACUUCUGUCUUUUCAUUCCAAAGGUAUUUGAGUUUUCAGGGUGUGUGGGGUGCUGUAGGCGCGGAUUUUAAAUGUGCGGUCAUAAUAGGUUAAUCGAUGCUAUUGGAUGAAUAAUAUACGAGAGUACGCUGGCGAGUAUAUUUUACCGCACAUGCCCUGCCCACAGAAGAUGAUUUAGCCUAGGCGACACCAGCUGAGCCUGGUUGCGCCGGCACGACCAUGAUGUCAGAAACUAACUUUUAUAAUUAUAAUAAUAGUAUAUUUUAGGGUAAUAGGCAACGCCCUUGAUGACCUUAUUGAAAAAGAUAAUACAAUAUAAAUGUUGAAUGCACACCUUACUCAAACUUUGUCAGUAACAUAUUUGUUUACGGAAAACGUUUCUACAGUGCGGGACUGCGAAGGGUGCGGCAGGCGGUCUUCUCAGUGUACGUAUGAGAUUUUAAGUGCACUUAUAUACAAUCAGCAUAAAGUGCAGUCAUUUGCAUAGUUUGAGAGGGGAAAUUUCAUUAAAAUUCAGGGAUGUGUUAAGUAGGAAUGAAAUCAAGACAUGAAAUUUAUUGCUUGCCGCAGAUAGUCCUGUUGUGAGAGUCGUCGUUUAUCAAAGAUCAAACGAUCCAGCUGGCUUUUGAAUACAGCCAUUGUAUCAGAUGUCACUAUUUCACUUGGGAGUGAGUUCCAGGGUCGAACAACACGCUGGCUGAAGAAAAACUCCCGAUUGUCUAGGCGUGUACGCUCCCGCUUGACUUUGUACGGGUGACCGCGCAGGUGACUCGUGGUCGGGAAUUCAAAGAAGUUGUCAGUUCUGAGCGAACAUUCGUGCCCGUGGAUAAUGCAGAAUGUCCAAAACAGGUCACACCUCAUUCGUGAAUAGGAAAGGGGGAACGAAUCUAACUGGAUCAGUCUUUCUGGGUAGGACAGAGUCCUGAGACCGUCCACCAGUUUUGUGGCCCGUCGUUGCACCUGCUCUAUGGCAUCACUGUCUUUCUUCAUCCAGGGAAUCCAUGAUGGCAUUCCGUAUUCCAAGUGCGGUCUGACGAACGUGCCGAAUAUCUGUGAGAAGAGUUCUGGAGGAAAGAUUUUGAAGGCACGCCUAAUCCAGUGCAUGAUGCUGGUUUCCUUUUGGACGACUCUUUUGCAGUGUUGGGAGGGCAGCAAGUUUGAGCAUGUACAGACACCUAGGUCUUUGUGCGUGUCCACUUCUUUUAUUUGAACCCCACUUAUGGUAUACUGAUGUUUUGGGAAGCGCAUCCGUCCAGAUUCUAGUCGCAAGACUACACACUUGGAUACGUUAAACGUUAGAAGCCACUUGCUGGACCGCGCAGCCAGCUUAGUAACAUCUUCCUGUAGCUUCUGCGCGUCUUCAACGCAGCUAAUUAUUUUCCAGAUCUUUAUAUCAUCUGCAAACAUGAUGCCAUCGCAUUCAAGAUCUGCAGGACAUUCAUUUAUAUAGAUGAGGAAGAGUAGAGGACCCAAGACUGAGCCCUGCGGAACGCCGCUCUUUACCAGCACCCAUUCGGAUGCAGUGGUACAAAUGAUCACUUUUUGGAGUCUGCAUGACAGGAAACUUUUAAUCCAAUCUACAAUGUCGACAGAAUGAAGUAGCCUGACGUUGUCCAAGCUCAUCAUAUGUAUAAUGCAAUGAUUCCCAGGAUCGACCUUAAAGUAGUGGCUGUCGACAGAAGCCGUGUCAGAUUUCCCCGGGACGAGAUAGCUCCACUCCAUGACCCCACGGUUGCGGUCUUACUAUUGGCGAUACCAUAAUUCUCUCUGACAUCUUCACUAUCCACUCUUUUAUGCUGAUAGCCCUUCGUUAUUUAUACGAAUUGUGCUACACAGAAAGUGUAACCGCAGACAAUUUAUUUAUAGACGGGUUUGCAUUCACAAAGACGCCAGAAUUUACGCUUGAAUCUCUGAUUUGAUCAACAAUCUAAGCAAAAUUACGCAUUCCUGUGAGGACAAUGUCUAGACAAGCAAGCUGUAUGACAAUGGUACAGUCUGAUGACGAUGCUUUCGGGGAGGAAAUAGAGAUUUUUAUGGUCAAGGAUGUUUACGUUGUCCGCAUCUUUGCUUUGAUCCGCCUUCGAGACCAUCCUGCAUUUUAAGCUUCCGGUCACUUUUCCGUUUUCUUUCUCUCGAUUUUAGACUUUUCAGGUGUCGCGAUUUUUCCGGCGGUUUUGAGCCCGACUGGAAGAAGCACGUGUAAUCCAGACCAACCUGUUCUUCCGGGCAGGAUAAAGAUCGAUGUGGAACAUCCGGAUGCCCGUUUUCCUCCUCCAUCUUUUUCGCGGCGCAUCCAUCCACCGACAGAGGCAUAUUCCGCAGCAGAUCCAAAAUAUACUGGUGCCUUCAAUUAGAAAAACUUUAUGUAAAGGUAACCAGUAAACAAACCUGCCGAGGUCGAGGGAGAGAAAAUACCGGUUCAGAAAAGGCAAUACGGUCUGCUUCUCAUGGCCCAAUGUGUGACCAUCAGAUCAGUACGAAACUAUGAAAUUCCGAGAAACUUAGCUACAUCCUAGGGUGACAGCUUACCAUAUGUCCGACUAACUAGGUUUGUCUGUGUUGUGCACAGCUAUUACUCCCUCAGUUUACAUAAAAAUGUCUCCGCGACGAUUGUGACUUCCAACAUACAGUUCAGCUUGUGGGUAAGCUCGGUUGAAAUUGCUGCGUAAACAGAGCCGAUAGAGAUGUUUGUGGAGUGACUCUCGGACCAAAUUGUUGGUGUGUCCAAGGCUACAGAACUCAUUGCGUCAGAGCUAGGCGUGGGCAUCGCCCAUUAUCCGGCGACUACCAUGCGUAGCAGGAUCAUGAAAAUGAAAGAUCGGCUGGACGCGGGUGAACAGUUGGGCGUAGUCUAUCAAAUCCCUUGCCAUAACUGGACUUGCCACUACACAGGCCAAACAGGACGACGUCUCAGCUCACGGAUACUUGAGCACAAACGGGCCGUUCGAAGAGGCGACUCCAGUUCGAGUCCUAAAGCUAAGGCCAAUAAAUCUACUUUCCCAGUGAUUGUGUCUUCGUCUUCAUUUAAAGAAGUCAUUCCAUGCGUGUUUAGUGCCUAUAUUUAGUGAAUUCUGUGCAAAUGCCAUGCGUCCAACAGGAUUUGUAUGUUUGUCCUUUUCACUACCCGAAUAUCGAACGGUUAGCUGGACCAAACAAUUCCGACCGAUCACUAAAAACUUCGUUCUUCUGGAAGAUAGAAAGGCGAAAUCGUAUAUGCCCACAAUCCUCUGGAAUGGCAGUCGCAGUUAUCCCAACUCCUGGAUACACCGAUCGCUGUUUACAGGGUUUAGGGGUUCCUUAUCCUACGGUCAGGAAUAACCCGGUCGGUAAGGUACAUGUGACGUUGGUCACUGGGAUUGGCUAUACAUAGAAAUCAACUGGAAGUUCGUCCGUUACAGCAUUUUGGCAUUCUGUACCUCAGGAAUUAGCGUGUUUAGUCAGUGUACCAGUCAGAAUGAAAAUGUUGGUGUCGCAGAGCCGAUUUACGUAUAAUGGCCUUCUUCAUUCCGACGAUUCAGACUUUCCGUACAUUUGGUAUUGUUACUUGUUCUAUUUAGGACUGAGAGCCGGAGUACAAUGUCUCCCUCUCUCAUUGUGAUCUUUAUGAAACUAGUGUAUGCGACAUCCGGGACUCCACAGUGAAGUACCGCGUGCGUAAGUGGCCAGGGAACAUUUGGUACGUUGCACGCACACGCAGACUGUUUCUGACUGUUAGGCACUGUGUCGAAGUCCUCUUUGUGUCUUCGGGAGCUUGUCCACUUACCAGAAUGUGAAAGGCUUGCGUGGUAGAUGUAUCGUAGAUCGGCUUUGCAACAAACGAAAUCACGUCCAAGUAGGCGCUGCGCGCUUCCAGUGGGGCAUUGAUGGAACUCGUCCAUUUCAUUGUUCCGGAACAUAAUUUACCCGUUGGCUUUUUUCAUAUGGGUUUCCAGCCAGCCAUUUCGAAUUGUACAGCAUUAGUUUUGGGUUGUAUAUGUUUGGAAGUGUGCUACUAAUGCCCAUUCCCAACUUCUUUUUCCCCAAGGUCCGUGCUUUCUUCAGUAAUUUACUAAUGCUCUUUCAACAACAAUUCGGUGGGAGAGUUGAAUAGAAAACAAUAUCAAGUAUAACAAUACCUACCCAUCACUUUCAAGGGGCCUUUUUAUUGGUUUCUUGAAACCCCAUUUUCCCACUAGCCAAUACGUGUCCACGUCGCCUCGACCCUUCAGAGUCACCUUGCCACGGUAUUCUAGUUUGUAUCCUUUGAGCUCGUCCAGUAUUGUCUUUGUUGAAGGACUGACAUGUAUUCUCAGUGCUUUGAAAAGCAUAUAAAAAGAUGGCGCGCGUAAAAUGACCUAAAUGCUUCACAUUCUGAAGGCAAAGUGUCCUGCUAACAAAACUAAUCAUGUUGCGAUAAUCCCGAUGAUGAAAAUCGUUGACAGCGGCGUGGGUCUCUCUGAAUAAGACAAUGCCUCUCUUUCUGUGAGAGAACAGAUUUAAACUCGUUUUUAACUUCCAAUUGUGCGUACAUGGGAAUAAUAUUCUGGCGUACCUUAUGCUUUCGAGUAGAAAAUACCAAGAUGACGUGAUUCUCUAUCAAACGACUUAAAUAAUGCAUAUUCUUGUUUGCGGUUUCUAUAAAUUAUUUUUGAAUCUGCAAGACCACAGAAAAUCCGUUUGAAAAAUGCGUGCUACUUAAGUCGUCUUUUUUACGAGAAUGAUUUCCACAAGAGAUCGAAAAGCAAUGCAUUCAAAGGUUGGCGUCCUGCCGAGUGCAAAAGAUUAUAGCAUUAUGUCGCAAGAUAUUCAGUAUUAUAAUCGCGUCUAAGUAAUCCUUCCUAAUCGAAAGCGCAUUUCAGAAUUUUAGCCACUCACCGUACUUUCACAGGCUUUCUACGUCGUUUGCAAAAACACAUCAGUAGAUCUGGAGUUUCUCACAGCACUGAGGUGUACUGCAAUGUUAUUUUUUAAUCGCUUCAUGUAUUUUCUGUAAAUCCUAUUAAAAUUUCUGGACUUUCUCAUAGUACUGAGGGUUUAAAAAAGCAUGGUUGUAAUGUUGCCAAUGAAUUUGGAGCAACGAGAAUGAAGCCAAAAAUAAAACCAACACCGUGGGGGUAGAGUUAAAUAAUGUUGAGUGAAGGAUGGCAAUUGCAGUAGGCGUGCUAACUCAUGAAACGCUAAGCAAAAUUCUUAAAUUCCUUUCCUACUCAAAAAGAUAGCUUAUGUAGGGUUGUAGUAUUAAUGACCGUGCAGCACAAUCGUAAGAUAUUUCAGGUAUUUCCGGAUGCCGGCUUCCGAGCAAACUUCCUUCCGGCCGCCUGCAAAAACCACACUCUAAUAAAUGACCACUUAAUUAGAAUGAUUUUUUAAAUCGACUUCUGAUGCCCUUAUUAAUUUAAAUAUACUUCGAAGAAAACGGGCAUAAAAUAUUCAUUCCUCUAUUUGUGCUGUAGAAAAUUACGUCUUCUUCGUUCUUGAAAGAAGGGUAUAAUUCGACUUUAAAGGGCUUUUCUGAUUCCUGGGAGAUUCUGAACCCGGCCUGUAGUUACACUUGAAUUCAGGGUUUCAAAACUACAAGCUGUCUAUUCUAAGUUUAUGACAAAUCAUAUAUUUCUAUACGUUACUCAAAGAAUACUAUAUAGGAUUCGCUUUAAGUGGUCAUUUUUUCAGAGUAUGGUUUUUUAGGCGACCGGAAAUAAAUUCGUUCGGGAGCUGGCAUCCAGACGUACCUGAAGUAUCUUAGAAUUGUGCUGAACGGUGAUUAAUACUAUAAUCCUACUUAAGUUAGCUUUUAGUGUCGGAAACGCAUUGCAAAACUUUAGUUAACACUUUAUGCGUUAGCAAAUUUACUGUAAUUUAUAUAAAUAAAAAUGUAUAGUUUUGACCACGAUAUAAUUAAACAGUUUAAUAUAGACUUUGCGUAUAAAGACCCGUUACUCAUCUUGCUUUUACGAAAACGGUAAAGACAUUUUCUGGCAAUCGACUACCCUACAAGAUGAAGCAGAAUUCCAGAGAGCAUAAUUUUCUGAUAUUGCGAGUCGUUAAAUACUUCAAAACUGACCGAUGCUUUCAACCGCAGUUAUAAUAUGAAAUUCAGUAAUUACGCUUAAACGAGAUUCCAUACUCAAGUACUUUGCACACAUCUUUCUGCUUCAAGGCCCAUGCAAGCAGCCAGUCAACUGGAUCUGAGUGAAAAAUCGUUUUCUUCGUUGGUCAUUACAUCAUUUUAAUGGAUAAACCUGCAUGAUAGGAGUUAUCGUUAAUUUAACAUUCCAAAGAAAUGAAAAAAUGGGGUUCAUUUUUUGCAUGGUACAAGAUAGGAACGAUUCGAGCUCUAAUUGAAGCAUGUAGACGGUGCCAAAUUUCUUCCUAGGUGUCCGUAGUUUGUCAGUCGUAUUUUUGAGUGACAUCAAAAACGGAAUUGCGAGUUAAUAUCUCACAAUUUCUAAAACCCAUAUGCCUCCUAUAAAGCAUUUACAAAUGCGUAAGUUAGCAAUAUAAAAUUAAAACGCCUAUUUGCCUUAGGAUAGUAUUUUUACUCCGUGUACAUAGCGACGACAUACGAAAAGUAGCCAUAGAAAGAUGCACUUCCAACUUCCAUCUAACAUUUUUUUUAAAAGUCUUUUGCGAAGAUGCUCACCUUCUCCAGACGACUCAAUCCGGGAUGCAGUAUUAAUUGUGUCACCGAACAGACAAUACCUCGGCAUGGUCAGGCCGAUCACUCCAGCAACACAGGCGCCUACGGAGAAUAGGGCGAAAAUAAUAACCAUAUUUUCAAAUGUAAAACGAAGUUCUGCUUCUGCACAACAUAAAUGAACGGCUGAAAGUGGUUUACCUUGUCCGUAGAUUAGUUCAGAGCCUUUUGAGCUUCUACGAUAGGAUUAAACAACCAUAGGAAGAUGCUAAAGACUGGUUUAAAAUGUUUAUGCACAUAAAAGCAAAGCUAGAUCGUCCUAGCGAAAAAAGACUCAGUUCGGGCUGUCGCAUGUAGAGUUAAAGAGGGAAAGGGUUUUUUAAGGAGAGAUUAAACACUUUAAUGACGUCCAGUACCUUGGAGAAAAAUUACAUUUUUGCAUCCCUCUGUUCAACCGUCCUAAACGAAGGACUCAGGUUUCAGAUAGGAUUUUGCGGGAGCCUGAAGACCUGGUGUUGUUCGUCGGCUUCUGUGUUCAAUAGAAUACUGGCGAAAUAGUCUAGGUUACGGUCUGACCUAAUUUGGGUAUGCAAGCUAAAUUUUUAUUUCUUUUCAGUUGAAUCGGUUUAGGUGUUAAAGCCUUUUGCAUGUCCCUUUACAAAUAUCUUUUUUAGAAUUUAUUGAGUACAGAUUUACAAGUUGAAGUCUGCGCGGGAGACCAAACGCUUGAUUAUGGCGUGAUUUUGAUUAAACGAAUUAAACCGAAUGGCGGCUAUGGCAGAAAAAGGAAGUUACGGAGUCAGCAUAAUACAUCAUAAUUCGCAACGGGUUCAUCGUUCGCGUGAGAUAUAUAGUGCUUAUUAAGACAUUGUACUAUUAGAUUGGCGUAUCAGAAAUACGACUUCCUGCUUUUUCUUACAGCUUGUCUUGUAAAACCAAUCGAUGAAUGUGAAGGGAGUCAUGGUUAUACGUCUGAAAUACACAAAAUAAUUCGGCUUUUGAAAAUCAGCAUGCGCAGGGCGUGCGAAAACAAAAGGCGAUUGAUUAACACACCGUUCAGUGUCCAGGUCCUUCACACCAAAGCGUUGCAACAAAUGACAUCUGAAUACUAACAAUUUCCAAAACUGUUUAGGGUGCAUCUAGGCCUAUGUCUACCUGUGGUUCGAUUUUGUGGUUUCGCAAAGUACACUAGAGCACCAAGCGCAGUGCGAGUUACCAGAGUGUAUUCCAAUGCGGAGCAAAAUGGGAAUCUGUGGCAUGUGUGGAAUGACAAAUGAUCCAACCACACUUAGUAGCUCCAGAGCCACUGUGGCGAUUUCACCAGCGUGCCGCCUGCCGUUUCUGAUAGGUAACCCCGAGGCCACCAUGUACGCAUCACCUAUGGUUUCAACCUGAAAUGAAAAAACAGUGCUGAACCAGCAAGCCCCAGACGAGAAAGACAAGGUCAUAUUAUGGAACCAUCUCUUAAAAAUACUUUCUAUUAGCCAGUCUAUUUUCUCCCUUACUAUACAUUUUAUAAGGACUUCUGCAGUGAUCCACUACCCUCAGUGUAGGAUCUUUUGAGAGGGCUUUUGGAAUUCUCACAGUGCAACAAUCAGCAAACAUAUUUCUAAUUUCAGCCAAUAUUCCCAUGUUACAAUUGAAAAGUCACUUUGGCAAACGUGUUUUCGGUAACUCUUCAUCAGGCCAAAACGGUUACGUAGAAGUUUAAAUUAUGUAAAGUUACAGAGCUUAUAAGUGAUUCAGGAACUAUUAACACCCAUCAUCCCCAUGCACUCGCAUGACGAGGCGUGCUAUGGCUCGGUCAGUCAUUGGAUCAAGGGGGCGAGGUAGAGGGGGGACAUAGGCUGUGAGUAAUGUUUGUACGUCGGGUGCGUUGUGCACGCACCACUGCCAUCAGGAGGUUGGGUCGGCGUUGGCCACGGAAGACAGAGCGCCUGUGUCAGAGUCUUCUGACAGCAUAGCAGUGGAUUGGCUAGCCGUAUAGCCACUGCUUCGGCUGUAGCUAACACCCGUUGGCGUAGGCCUCUGGGGAAGCAUGCUGGUGUCCGGUAGACAACCUGAAGGUCUUAUUUGGCAUCGGCUCGGUGAUUCGUAUUGACAAGAUGUGCGAGGAUAGAACUCGAGAUCGAUUUCUUUUCACCUCUGCCUAGCCAGGCCAGUAUGUGUUCACGUACUCUCUUUUCCAGGCGCCUCGUUGUACGGCCAAUGUAUACCGCUCCACAGGAGAAAGUGAAUGAGUAAAUACACAUCGAUGUGGCCAGCAACGGGAGUCGGUCUUUGCCUCCCAAGGGUAGGAGGGGAGAGUUUUUGAAACAUACAUGUAAGUUCGCCGCGGGGAAAGCGCUAGCGGUCGCUGUCUUCGGACGUCUUCUUACUAGGUCACUUGCUGCAUCCCCUUGAAAAGGCAGUCUUAUAAAUAAGUCCUUCUUUUCUGCAGUCGCCAUGGUGGGCUUUGCAGUGCGCUCCCCUAUAUUUCGGAGGAUAAAUCUUUCUGGGUAUCCGUUUUUGUGGAAUAUAUCCCGCAACCACUGAAGUUUAGCCUCAACAGUCUCAGGAGAGCAGAUAUGUCGCACUCUAGCUGCCAAUCCAUGGACCAAAUUACGUUUAAUAUUUAGGGGAACAACACUGUGAAAAUUAAUGUAUUGUCCGGUCCAGGUUUUCUUUCGGAAUACCCUACGUUGGAUAGACCCAUUCUCUUGUCGGUGCAGAAGAAUAUCGAGGAACGCGAUUUCAUUGUCUGCCUCAAACUCUGCAGAGAACGUUGGCGAGGGGUGUGCAUUGUUGAAUUUUUGAACCAGGACGUCUGUGUCGGCGGUAACAUCUAAUUGCAAGAAGGAAGGGAACUAAUACAUACGUCUGAUCUCUAUGCCGGUACCUUGUAGACGUCAAAUUUCGCAAUUAUUGAGUCGAAGGUGGAAUAGAGCGCAUUGAGUAGACCAACAAUUUGCAGAGGUGUAGACCAGGCUGAAAUUGCUGUGAAGCCAACGAUGUCACUGAAAUAGAUGGUGACCUCGUCGAAGGCUUCUGGGGCCACGGUGUUGCCAGCUAUCAGCGCCUGUGCAACAGAUCUGUGGCAAUGCAAAUAAGGUCUAUUUUAAAUAUUUACAAAAGGAAAAACGAGCCUAUUGAGACGCAAAACGGCCAGCAAAUAAUUUUCGACAAUUGGAGUGACCACAAAAUGACGAUAAUAGAGUGAUCUUGACAUCAUCCACAAAUUACAGCACAUUUUGCGGCAUGCCCUAUCAAAUCCACCUCGAUUUAUGUGAGUUUACAAAAGGAAAAAACGGGGAUAAUGAGAACCCAUUCGCCGUCAGCUAAUAUUCGGCCUUAAAAUGAAAGUAAUACGGGACCUUGAUUACACUCACAAAUUAGGAUACACUUCUCUGCCUUGCUAUCGAUGCUACUGUGCCAUCGGUGAAUUUAGUAGUUUCUGAUGUUCAGCAUUAUUUUCAGUUUUGUGUGACAAAUUGUGAUCCUGUAUUGCUUCAUCAUUUGGCAAGCAUUAGGUCUUUCAAAAUUAACAUACUCCGACGACUUCUCUUAAAUUUCAACGAAUGGCCGCUGAGUAAUGGGAGUUUGUUUGGUAUUUUGUAAAGUGAUAGACACUCUUGGGGAUUUUCGACGCCUGCAAGGUAUGGUAGGAGCCGUACAAUAACUGAUAGUGCCUUACUUAAAUUACUAUCUCUGUAACAAUUUUCUGUUGGUUUAUCGGCCGAAACAGUUUAUAGUUAGUUUCACCAUUGCUUAAUUCAGCUUGAUUUAUCAUACUGAAAACCACAGAUAUUAGGUAAACCCCCAGACAACUGUUUUGCCAAUAUUCUGCCGCUGCAUGACACAGCUGCGAGGGGUGCGUCGGAACACGUUUGUAAACUAGAGAAUGACCGCUAGUAGCUCAUGAAUAUUACGCGGUUAUCUCGGUGUAGCUUACUCAUUUCGUCUCAAACAGUCAUAGCAACUUUCAAAAUGAGCCUAUAAGGCUUUAAUCCGACUGAUUUACUCCAUGUUAACUAUUGCUUUCUGAGGAGGUUGAAAAGCUGAAUAUUUAUUAAUCCAGUCCAACCUACAGAGGUGGAAUAAAAAUAGCAAUAUUUCUGUCAGAGAUCCUGGAUUCGCAUACCGAACACUGUACCGGGUGAUAGGUAAAAGUAUUGGGGACAUCCCUAGUGUGCGUUCUCAGUCACUGUAAGUAUGAAAACAUUGUUUUUUCAUAGCCAUCAUCAUCUUACUAUAUGCAAAGCUGGUGUCAACUGCGAGACACGGUCCAGUCGACGGCGCACGCCGUCCUUGGACGCGCUCCCCGCCAACACCAGGACUGGUUCGACGACAACGACGCCGCCAUCAGAAAUGUGCUCGCCGAGAAGAACCGCCUACACAAAGCCUACGUAGAUCACCCCAAUGAGGACAACAAGCUUCCUUCUACCGCAGUCGCCGCCAGCUUCAGCAACGACUGCGCGAGAUGCAGGACGCCCGGACUGCUUGCAAAGCUGACGAGAUCCAAGGCUACGCGGAUCGGAACGAGUAGAAGAACUUCUUCUCUGCAAUCAAAGGUGUCUACGGUCCGCCGACGAAGGGCACUGCUCCUCUCCUCGCGCCGACGGCAGCGCUCUCCUGACUGA